UCAUAUAGCUAGUAUCAACUCUAAGCAGAAAAUUGGUGUAGUUCCAACCAUAGAGAACACUGAAAAACUUAAAGUUCUAAACAAACGGACCGGUGGUUUAAGCUGCUUACAAAAGUUGUACUUGAUGCAUCAAAUGUGAUACACUAAUAAUUAAGCCCCUUCAAACGAAAUGCUUCACUUUCUUCGCUCUACUUCCAACAAUGGCGGCUGCUUCAUCUUCUUCACUUCAUCACCAAUCCUUAUAUUUCACCAAACCCACAAACAAUCCUUCAAUCCAAACAAAACCCACAUCCCAAAUCUCCUUAAAACCCUUAAAGCUCAAAACUUUAAGCAUCAAAUCAGUCCUAUCACAAACCUCACAAAAGACCCAGAACUUUAACCAUUGUUUUACCAAGAAAGAUGAUGGCUUUCUGUAUGUUGAAGGACUUAAAGUCCAAGAAAUCAUGGAAAGUGUUGAAGAAAAGAGGCCUUUCUAUCUUUAUAGUAAACCCCAAAUUACAAGAAAUGUUGAGGCUUAUAAAGAUGCUUUGGAGGGUUUGAAUGAUUCCAUUAUUGGCUAUGCUAUUAAGGCUAAUAAUAAUUUUGUGAUUUUGAAACAUUUGAGAAGCUUGGGAUGUGGGGCUGUUUUGGUUAGUGGGAAUGAACUUAGGUUGGCACUUCAAGCUGGUUUUGAUCCUACAAGGUGUAUUUUUAAUGGAAAUGGGAAGCUUUUGGAUGAUCUUGUUCUUGCUGCUCAAGAAGGUGUAUUUGUUAACAUAGAUAGUGAAUUUGAUUUGGAUAACAUUGUCUCGGCUGCUAGAAUUGCUGGGAAGAAGGUUAAUGUACUGCUUCGGAUCAAUCCGGAUGUUGACCCUCAGGUCCAUCCUUAUGUUGCAACCGGGAAUAAGAACUCUAAAUUUGGUAUUAGAAAUGAGAAGCUGCAAUGGUUUUUAGAUGCCGUGAAGUCUUAUUCCGAUGAACUAAAGCUAGUUGGGGCUCAUUGCCAUCUUGGGUCCACCAUUACCAAGGUUGACAUUUUCAGAGAUGCCGCUGCCAUUAUGGUGAAGUUUAUUGAUGAAAUUCGAGCCCAAGGGUUUGGUAUUAAUUACUUGAAUAUUGGAGGUGGUCUCGGGAUUGACUAUUAUCAUACUGGUACUGUCCUUCCUACACCCAGAGACCUAAUCGACACAGUCCGGGAGCUAGUUAAGUCUCGAAACCUUACUCUAAUCAUUGAACCAGGCAGGUCAGUGAUAGCAAAUACUUGCUGCUUGGUUAAUCGUGUGACUGGUGUAAAAACAAACGGCACAAAAAACUUCAUUGUGAUUGAUGGCAGCAUGGCUGAGCUUAUCCGUCCAAGCCUGUACGAUGCUUAUCAACACAUAGAACUGGUUUCUCCUCCACCACCUGAUUCCCAUGUUACAAUAUUUGAUGUGGUGGGCCCGGUUUGUGAAUCGGCCGAUUUUCUGGGGAAGAACAGGGACCUUCCUGCACCAGCCAUGGGUUCUGGGCUUGUAGUUCAUGAUGCAGGUGCCUACUGCAUGAGCAUGGCUUCAACUUACAACCUCAAGAUGCGCCCACCUGAGUAUUGGGUCGAAGAAGAUGGAUCGCUAGCCAAAAUCAGGCACGGGGAGACUUUUGAUGAUCAUAUGAGAUUCUUCAAGGGACUCUAGAUCUCUAAUUUUCACAAAGAAUUGAAGUAUGUAUUUGUUAUUUCUUAAAUCAUAAGCUUUCAAGUUCCAUUAAUGGCGAAGUUGUUGACCGUUGAAAAUGUUUUGUUCAACUGAAUUUGAGUUUUCUAGUCGCUUUAGCCGGUUCUGCAUUGCUGGUUUAAUUGGCAAUGCAUCAUCCUUAUGGUUCUAAUCCUACGUAAGCUGCAUUUCUGAAUUAUGAUAUC